AUGGCUGAGACACAACACCACGUCCUCAUCGUUGGCGCCGGUAUAACGGGGCUGCUGUUGGCUCAAGCCUUGAAGCAGGUGAGGACGCCAUUCGUCGUUAUCUCUCGUUCACGGGAUCUAAUCAUCCACUUCCACGCAGAGAGACAUCCCUGGGGAGUAUCGCUUCAAUGGGCCCUGCCACUGAUUGCCGAAUGCUUGCCCAAAGAACAAUUCAGUCGGAUCCACGAGACAGCAGUCGAUGCUAGCUACGUACCUGAAGAUCCGGGUAGAUUCCCUACGUUCCAUGGCAAAACAGGCGCACACAUCAAAGACAUCCCUCUUGUGUACAUGUAUCGCGUGUCGAGACAUAAGUUUCGGGCCUUGUGUCACGAGGGAAUCGACGUUCAGUAUGGCAAAACGCUUGUCGGCCUGAAGUAUCCACAAGCUGGAAGCGUCGUAGCCUUGUUCGGAGACGGGUCUGAGAUUACAGGAACCUUGGUCGUGGGAGCUGACGGUGUUCGCUCAAGCGUAAGAGAGUGUAUAUUUGAUGAGGUGGAUCGCAGCCUUGGGCUGGCCCGAACAGCCCCAUAUAUUGUAAUCAGUCUGCAUGCUUGCUACGGCGACGCGGAGAAAGCUCUUUUCGUACGGCGGAAUCAUCCUGUGCUAUUUCAUGGCAUACACCCUGAUGGAUUCUGGCUCUGGCUGUCCGUACAAGACGUUCCCAGCGAUGAUCCCGCCACCUGGUCUUUCCAACUCUUGAUUACGUGUAAGCCGCGAGUGGGACUCGACCCAAGCGUGGAGCCCAUCACUCUUGCUCGAGUGCAGCAGAUGGCUGAGUCUUUCGGAGAGCCAUUCCGAUCAGCGUGGCGCUGGGUCCCUCCAGGAACUAGCCCAUCGUCGAACUACAUGUCGUACUGGGAACCGAUUCCUUGGAACCAUCGUGAAGGACGAGUAACUUUAGCCGGCGACGCUGCUCAUGCGAUGACAGUGCAAAGAGGGCAAGGCAUGAACAACGGCAUAGCAGACGCUGUUAGUCUUGCCAAAGGUCUGCAGCGUGUCGUGGAGGGAGAAUCUAGCAUGGAGGACACGAUAGAGGAGUAUCAGCGGGAAAUGAUUGAGCGAGGCGCUGCCGAGGUUAGGCUGUCGAAACAGCAAACGGAAAUGGUUCAUGAUUGGAAUCUUGCGUUGAAGUCCCCGUUGCUGAACAAAGAGGCGUGUUUCCCUCAAGAACGAACGUCACACAGACUGUAG